CGCAUCUAACUAUGCCGAGCUCCUCAUCCGUCGCCAUGGCCGCACCCUCCCUCGCCUCCCUCGGCCACACCAUCACUGAGAAGUUGACGCGGGAGAACUUCCUCGUCUGGAAGGCGCAGAUCCUGCCGCACGUCAAGGCGGCAGGGAUGACGGGCUACUUGGACGGCUCAAUCAAGGAGCCCCCUGCCAUUCUUCUCUCAGAGAAGGAAGUCGCCGGGAGAAGGAGACCGUCUCGACGCCGAAUCCUGAACACGCCGUGUGGGUAACUCAAGAUCAGCAGGUCCUCACUUUUUUGAUUGCAUCUCUGUCUCGCGAGGUCCUGCUGCAGGUUAGUUCCCACACCACCGCCACCACGCUCUGGACAGCCCUGCUGCAGAGUUUUGCCUCGCAGUCCAGGGCAAGGGUGAUCCAGCUCCACUCUGCCAUCGAGCACACUCGCAAGGGAGAUCUCUCCGCGGCGGCGUACUACACCAAGAUGGUCAGCAUCGCCGACGAACUAGCAGCUGCCGGCAAGGCGAUGGACGAAGACGACAUCGUCGAUCACAUCUUGCAGGGGCUGCUCCACGAACCCGACUACAGCGGGUUCGUCUCGGCCAUCUCGACACGCACCGCCACCGAGCAACCCAUCAGACUUGGCGAACUCUUCUCCCUGCUGCCGCUGAAGCUCGCAUCGCGGCACAGAACGCCGCCUACCACUCCAGCCACUCUGCCAACCUUGCUGCCCGAGGCGGAGGACGCGGCGGCAACUCCAAUCGUGGGGGCUAUGGCGGCCGCGGCUACAACAACAACACGGCGCCACGCUACUCCGACAACUCCGGUGGCAAUGGCUCUGGAGGGGGAUCACGUCAAGGGAGCGGUGAUCGCGGUGACCGUGAACGGUGCCAGAUCUGUAAGCUUGACGGGCAUGGCGCGUGGCGCUAUAAAAAGCGCUACGACAGGAACUACACCAACAACAUCCGCCAUCCUGCAGGCGGCGGAAGCAGCAACGGAGGUGGCAACAAUGGUGGAAAUCACACGGCAAAUGUGGUUCACUCCUAUGGGGUGGAUACGAAUUGGUAUCUCGACACUGGCGCGACUGAUCACGUGACAAGGGAGUUGGAGAAACUCGUUGUAUGUGAUCGCUACACCGGCACGGAACAAAUCCACACGGCGAGUGGACAAGGAUCGGGCCAGCCGGAGCACCAUUCUUCAAGGCAAGAGUAGAGGUGGUUUGUUUCCUAUUUCUGGCCGCCAAGAGGCUCAUCUCCGUCAAGCUCUAGGUGUGGCAAAACCAUCUACAUCAAGGUGGCAUAGGCGCCUAGGGCAUCCAUCACUCCCAGUGGUCCAAAAGAUUCUUAGAGAUUUUGAUCUUCCUGUGUCAAAUAAAGAUGAUCAUCACUUAGUUUGUGAUGCCUGUCAAAUGGCCAAGAGCCAUCAACUUCCUUAUUCUCGAUCCGUCAGUGAGUCUAAAGCUCCUUUAGAGCUUGUUUUUUCCGAUGUGUGGGGUCCAGGACCAAUAUCUGUAGGCAAA